GCAGCAAGCCAGAGGCGCCUGCCCUGGAUCUGUUUAGAUACAGGGGUGCCUGGGCUGGCAAGGGAGGAGAUUUAGUCAUGAGUGGCCAGGAAGGAGCAGCAUUGUUUUUGGAAAGUUGAGAUUGUAAGAGGAACACCAGGUCUGGAAGGUUAUGGCUUCAGAUGCAUUUGCAAUGUGUUGAGUGGGAGAGCAACAGGUACCAGGAGAAGAAGCCACAGGGGUGAGACGCCUAGCAGACAGGACAGAGCUCUGGGCCAUGAGGGUUAGUAGGGCUGCAUGAUAGCUAGUUUCUCAUGAGACUGGGAGAAGGGACAAAUAUCUUGGGAACCUGGGAUCAGGGAUUAGAACUCUAAAAUAUGCUGAAGAGAGCAGCUUGGAAAAUGGGAAGAGCAUGAGGUGAUGGAGAACCACAGAGCCUGGAGGGGCAGGAUCUCUUCGGUGGAUGGUCCUUUGAUGGGCAAUGUGGAACAGCACCUUGUAGCAUUUGGUGACCUCUCUGUGACCUUGAGAAGCAGGGUUUCUGUUAAGUUGUGGAAGCUGAAUUACGGAGGUUGGAUGGGAAGUAGCUUUGUCUCCAUAGUCAUUGGUUAUUCCUGGACCCAGGGAGACCAAGAAUAUGGGAACAAAGCCAGUGUCUUCCCUGGUAUAUGUAGCCUUUAGAAAAGGUGGGCCUGGGGCUAGGUGAUGUCACACACUUGAACAGUGGUUUUCUAAGGUAUGAGCACACAGUGUAUCAGUGUGCUAAAGAUGACAUGGGAGAAGAGAAGCAGGGGUGACAGUAGGAUCCAGGGCAAGGAUAGUCAGGGCUUGGCCAGGAAAGGGCCACGUGGGCUGCUGGGAUUGGGCGUCUAGAACGUUUCAGAGCUGUCUAAGGAGAUAGUGCUUAUCAUCGAGAUGGGAAGCUUUCCUGAGAACACGGGCUGGAGCGAAGGGGGCAUGAUGGGCAGCCACAUCACUCUUCGGAGUGGCCAGUGAGUAAGGGGUGGCCCAGCCUUUGCUCCAGGGGCUAUCUCCCAUCCUUUCUGUGAUUGUGUAGAACUCAGCCAAGUAAGUUAGAGGACUGGAGAGCACUGAGCAGCUUUGUGGAGAGCCUGGAAGCCCAUCCCUCACAUACCCUGCAAUGCAGUAGACGAUGCAAUCUGCUCUGUAGUGCUUGGGGAUCUUGAGCAGCCAGGGGAGUGUGGCCACAGGCUGUGAUCAUCUGGAGUGGAGACCCAGCUCAUGGGAACGCCACUCUCGUAGUGUAUGGAUUUCACAUGCCCUUUCAUGGGUGGAACAGGUUGAAGCUGAUCUGAACGAUGGCCAAAUAUCUCACAUCCCUCUGCUCUCCUUCCUUCCAGGUGCUGUUGUCAGGCCUCAUCGGUGUCGUCUCCUGGAAGAGGCCGCUCUCACUCGUGAUCACCUUCUUUAUGCUGCUGUCUGCAGUGUGUGUGAUGCUCAACCUAGCCGGCUCCAUCCUCUCCUGCCAGAACGCCCAGCUCGUCAGCUCCCUCGAAGGCUGCCAGUUGAUCAAGUUCGACAGCGUGGAGGUGUGUGUCUGCUGUGAGCUGCAGCACCACUCCUCGGGAUGCAGCAACCUCGGGGAGACCCUGAAGCUGAACCCCCUGCAGGAGAACUGCAACGCCGUGAGGCUGACCUUGAAGGAUCUCCUCUUCAGCGUGUGUGCCCUCAAUGUCCUCUCCACCAUCGUGUGCGCCUUGGCCACAGCCAUGUGCUGCAUGCAAAUGGUCUCUGCUGAUGUCCUGCAGAUGUUCUUCCCCCAGAGGUCCCAUUCUGCCAGUGCCGCCUGCCUGACUCCGCACGGCACCAUUCUCCACCAGACCCUGGACUUCGACGAGUUCAUCGCCCCCCUCCCGCCUCCACCCUACUACCCUCCAGAAUACACCUGUACACCCACAGCGGAGGCCCACAGGGGCCUCCACCUGGACUUUGCUCCCUCUCCCUUCAGCACUCUGUACGACGUUGCCAUCAACAGCCCUGGCAUGCUGUACCCUGCUGAGCUGCCCCCACCCUACGAGGCCGUGGUGGGUCAGACUCCCGCCAGCCAGGUUCCAAGUGUCGAUCACCAGGUGGCUGACUCCAGUUCCGGGGACCCAAACACUGCUGCUGACUUCAGCACACCAGUGCCUGCCAGUAGCACGAGUCUCCCAACAUCAGAGGGUGCCACCUCACUGGGUCCAAGCCACCCAUCUCCCGAUGGCACCUUGGACACCCCACCACCCCUUCUGUCUACUCCAGUCCCUCAUCACAUGUCUCCAGAAGCAACAAGCUUGAGCACACAGGCACAACCGAGCCCAGGGCGGGUGGCCCGCUCGGCCAGCGACCCCACCUCCUGCACCUCCAGUGAAGCAGUCUCGACAUCACGCCCUGCCAUGGCUGCCUGUCAGCACCAGCUCUCAUCUGCUGGCAACCCAGACACCUGGAAAACGGAUCAAGGGACCAAGCCAGAGACCGCACAGACCGUCUCCAAAGAGCGGCCGCACUCCUUAGUGGAGAGCAAGGUCUACACAGACACCAGGGUUUUGGUGGCUAAGUUUUUGGAACACUCACACUGCACCCUCCCCUCAGAGGUGCGACAUGUGGUGGGCACCAUCCGCUCAGCGGUCCCCUCGGAGGAGCCCAGGGUGGAGGAGGCCAUCUUUGGUGCUGGCGUCCUGGACCAGCUAUGAAGCAGCUACAGACCCGGAUGUGAACACUGAUGGGCCCAGUGCCUGCAAGAUCCAGUCCUGCAUGACACCACCAUGCUUGAUAGAGAGAGGCCUUUGGCCUGCUGGGCAGAGAACAAGCAGAAAUACCCAGGCGAGGCUCUCUGGUGGCCCGGGCAGGGAACUGUUAUUCAUUCCCCCAUCAGUUGUCUUCCUGGGGACUGUUUGCCCCCGGUCCCACUAACUCAGAGAUAUUUCUCUCCUGCCCUUAGCAAGCUCUGGUUGCUUCAGGGGUCUAGCACCUUGAACUGAAGAAUGUGACAGGAAUACCUAUCCAGGGACAGGUGACACUGUGGAACGUAAGGACAUUGCAUCUGUUCCGAGACAACCUUUAACACACCUGGGCCCAGCUUAGAUCAGUGUUAAGUGAGUGGAGGGUGGUGGCGGCGGCGGCAGCGGAGCCCUUUGCCAUGUGGCUGGUAUCACUCUGCAAUGAAACCUUUAUACAAUUCAGACCUAGUAUUUCCUUUCAAAGGAAACAGGCAAUGUUAGCACAGCCUGGGCCCACCCUUUUGCCCACCGGGCCAUCAUGCGUCUGAAACUACAAUGGAAACCCUUCCUAGGCACCCUUAGAAAACAAGUAGGUGUCAUGAAGGCUUGAAAUGCCCGCCUCCUUGUGGCCUGGGCCUCCCCACUAGGCCUCUGUUGGUGGGCUGCUAAACCCACCUCCUUUCCUGGGCCCCUCCCCAUGGCCUCCCAUCCUUUUAACCACAGCAAAGAAUUAUUACUUGUGUCUUAACAAUAUGCUCCUCUCCCCAUCCCCUGGAGGGCUUUCCCUUGGAUGUGACGUCACCCAGUUGGGCUGGGAAGGUCAGAGUCUGGGCUAAGAAGCCCUUUGUCUCUGUCAUGUGUGCACCUUUGGCUAAGGCAUGCCUUUCAUGACCCAGAGUGGUCCCUCCUCGACUCAGGUGGCGGCAGGCACUCCUGUGUGGAAGGACGCAGAUGGUCAGCCACUUAUUUCUGGGAGAAUGCCAGUGGCGAAUGUGCAGAAGCAAAGCAAAACCUGCUUGGGCACAACCAGGGUGGUUUUGGGCAAAAUGGCCCGCCCCAGGCUUUCUUGGCUGUUCAGACGUCAUUUUCUGGCCAGAUCAACAGCAGCCACUUCUCAGCAAUGGGGCCGGAGCAACCUGCCUGCAAGAACUUUCUGCAAAAAAAAAAAAUGGAAAUGCCCAUAUCUGGUUCAUCCAGAGCAGCAGCUACAAGCACGUGAGAUCACUGUACCCCAACUAGCCUAUGGGCCUCAGUAUCAGUGGCACAGAAGCCCUGAGUCUAUGGGAAGUGCCAGGGUGGACCAGAAUGUGACCACUAUCGUUCAGUGUCCAGCUGGCAGGCUUAAACAGCUCUUUCCUCUAUUCUGCCUGCCGUGGCCUGUGCUUCGGCCUCUACUCCCCUGUUCCAGCCCCCAAAUUCCCUGUAGCCAAUGUGCUGAAGACCUUCGUGUGUUUGGAAGCUGUGGGGCUUCAGCCCACAUGGCUUCGGAAACACCCAGUGGUGGUCAGCUAUCCAUGCUCUGGUGACCUUACCGUUGCCAUGGUUGUUGCCUUCCUGAGGUUAGGGAGCUGAAAAAUAUACAUCAGGCAUUUGACGGCAACCUUGCCUUUUCCACAGGAGAAGUAAUAGAGAUGAGUUUUUGAGCACUUUAUUCAGACUAUAAAAAUCCUCUAAUUUUUCUCAAGUGAGGACUUUGUCAAAUCCCUUCCAGGUAGAAUGGCCUCCCCUGAGCCUAUCAGCUUGAAAAACCUCCAUAGCCUAGCCUUGGGUGUGUGAUGUUUUCAUCGCCUCAGAGAUGAAGCGAGGCAGCUGCAGGUGUCUCGUGAUUGGAGGACCCACGCAGCAGUGUAAACACCUGUGGACUUCAGAACAAGCUGAGAUCCAAGAGAGGCCAGGACCCGCCCCAUCCCAACUGACCCAAGCUCUAGGGUAUUUGCAUAGUGUAGCCAGGCUGAACAGUUUCUGGACACAGUGUGGGACUCUGUGGCCUUCAUGCUGCCUUUUCGCAGCAGGCCCUCGUCUGUCACGUGGCACUCUUGCCUCAACCUGCACCUCCCCCAGCUGCAGGCUACCACCACCACCUGGAAGCCCUGAGUCCCAGAGAGUCUCAAGAAAGUGGUGUUCACAAACCAUCCUGGCUAGGUUAUGAGAUGGCUUUAUCUUAAGGAUAAAGAAACCACAGGACUUCAUGCUCCUGGGUGGGUGAGAACUCCUGGCUCCCUGUCAUUAGAUGACAGAUCAAUCUCCAUUCACCUUCACAGGGCCCCAGGUGACCCACAUGAGCACUAGAAAUGCCCAGGGUCCAGGUUUCCAGGAAGUCAGAGGUAUUGGUUACAGCCGCUAGAUGGCAUUCUUGCAAUUUGACUUGUCUCUUCUGGGUCCCUUGGCUCUGCCUCAGUGGUGACCUAGUACUGGGAACCCAAGGCAAUAUGUGGGUUCCCUGAAGCCAAAACCACCAUCCUCCACCAUUGCUUGCACAUCCUUCCACCUUGGAAGCUUUGCCCCUGCUUUUUUUUUUUUUUCCCCUGAUAUCUGAACUGGGCCCACCAGUGAUCAUUUGGGAGGGAUGAUCUCACUCCAGGCUGACCAGGUCUUGGGCCCCCAACCAAAAAAAAAAAAAAAAAAAAAAAAAAGGCCAGCAUCUUCUAGGACAUCCUUCUCAUGUCUGCCUUGGAGGCAGGAAGAUGCUGAUGUGAACCCACUGUGGGUACCAACUCUACUUUGGGGAAGGCAGGGGCAGGAGUCUCUAUCACAAGGACAAAGGUCUCCUUCUCAGGGAGGCCAUGAUCAAAUGAAAUGCUUCUGUCAACCCUGGAAUGGAAAGCUCACUUCGGAUACUCUCUCCCACUUCUGCUCUAGCAGCUCACAGAUGCUGCUGAAGCAGAAUUUAUAGGAAAUUGUUUUCAGGCCACCAGAGAGUUGUUUGUACAACUUGAAAGGUUGUAUUUAUUUAAUGUACCUCAAGGUGUUUUAAUAAUGAUCAGUGUUUUAAUAAAAAGUAUUUCUGGUCGCUGAGGUCUCACUGGGACAAAGAGGGUCCUGGAGGGACAGGAUUUGGGGGAGCAAGAAGCCACCAUGGCUGCCCACCAAACCCCACCAGUGCCGGGAACUGAGGUGAAAAGGCAGUCCCCUAUACCUACAGUCCAAACCGCAGCUGCCCCUCUGUGGACCUGACAUUCAAGGGUACCUGAAUUCCAAAGUCUCCCAUUUAAGGUCCUGAGCUAUGUGUACUGGGGCUGGGAGAUGGCUCGCUGGGCAGUCGUGAGGACCUGAACUUGGAUUCUAAGAAGAAAGGGAGGUGCACACUGUAGUUCCAGUGCUGGGAUGUGCAGACAGGCAGGUCCAGGAGCUCGCCCGCUGUUCAGCCAAGCUGAAUUAGCAAUCUCCAGGCUCUGGAAAAGACUGUCUCAAAAGAUAAGGUGUGACAGCGGACGACACUCCACAUGUGCACAGACAGUCACGUGCCUGCACACAGGUGAAAACACAUGCACACACCACACCCACCAUGCCCUCAUACCAUCUCUAACUGCAUCUUCUCUCUGGAGCUGGGCACAUGCUUGUCCAGGACGCAUGGGGGCAUUCCACUGGGAGGGCAGCAGGCACCAGCUCCUCUGGUCCCUAGCUUUCACCCCAGGGACUGUUCUUUUCAUUCUGUGAGAAUGCGAGCCAUCUAGAGAGCAGUCUGUGAAUCUUGGCACAGGGACACAUUGUCCUCAGUUCUUCCGUCUUUGGGGAGUGAGGAGACAGACCCAGAGACCUUUGUGCUGCGUUUCUGACGAUGUUUCCCACUGCAGUGUU